AUUUCGUUCUGCUCAAGUGGUGAUCGCGAAGAUUUAGUCAAAGCGAGAAUAACUCAACUAUUCGGUUAUAACAUAAGCAAUGAAUGUGUUAGUGGACAUUUAAACAUUCUAAAUUGGUCAACGCUGUACACGGUCCUGCUUGUGACUCUACCUGUCGCUCCUGGCUACACAGCUAUUUUGAUGCUGAGAAGAGGCAUUGCAAUGAAGCUACAAGCUGAGAGGCAUAUGUCAGAAUAUACUCGUCGUAUGCACCAUCAGUUACUUCAGGCAAUCGCUUAUCAAGCCUGCAUACCAAUUUUCCACGUCUUCGCUGUUUCCACAUACGCACUGGGACAGUUUCAAAUCAUAAAUCACCCCAUUUUAGAGUAUUCUACAUUUACGCUUGUUAGCUUCGUAUCUGCACUCAGUCCAGUGUCAUCAUUUUAUUUCAUUCGACCAUAUCGGAAGUGGCUAAAGUCUCAAAUUAGUGUCUUGAGUAAAUCGAUUUCUUAUUUCGUAAAUGCUAGAUGUGAAAGAGAUGAUGCAAUUAGUUCCUUGACUUGGAGAAGGACAGACUGCUGUCGUGCCGACAACGCGACCAGUGAAGCCUAUGAGACGCGGCCUAUGUCAGCUCCCGAAACACGGCACAUGUCCGCUUCCGAAACACGACAAUUGUCAGUUCCCUGCUAG